AAGCGUCUGCUGCCUAUCCCCAAACACAACACUGUCAGUUUUGCGGCGCUGAGGGAACCCCGUCAGUUACGAUGCUGAAGGCUCUCCCCGCGCGCUUCCUCGCCUCACCGGAGCCCGGUGGAUGGCGCCGGCGACCCCGCCGACGGUCGCUACAGCCGGUUUCUGCGCGGCUCAUGACCAACCCUGCUUACUUCGAGGUGGGCAAGUUCUUGGGUGGCUAUGGCUUCAUGAACAUCACAAGUUACUCUUCUCAAUUUGGAGAACCUUCAAAUAUCGCUGGUAUUGAAGAGCUUGGUCUCGGAUAUUCACCAGAAGAGGUUGAGCGAUUGAGGGUCCAAGAUGUUGGAGAAGGAGAAGUGAAGAUUAGACUUUAUGAGGGAAGAGUUGUUCAAGGUCCAUUGAAGGGCAUACAAGCUGUAUUUAAGGUAUACCCUGGAGCGCGUGCUGGUUCUUCUGAAGCUGAUUUGAUGGCACUGAAUGAGCUAAGGACACAUGCAUUGCUUCAGAGUGAUGCUAGCGACAUCUGUGAGAACAUUCAAUUUCUUUUAGGCGCCUUUGAGACAGCAACUGGAGAGCAGUGGCUUGCCUUCCGGGAUGACGGAAGAUAUAGUGCUGCAGACUAUGCGAAAGUAACCAGUGAAAGGCAAUUGAAGGAGCAAUCUGGAGGCCUACCAUUUUGGAACCCUUUCGAUCGAGCAUACAAAUUGGAACAAAGGAGAUACUUUGUUCUCAAGCUGCUUAAUGGUGCUAUGAGUGGCCUCGUCCACAUGCACAAUCAUGAUAGACUGCACCAAAGCCUUGGACCUUCUUCUGUUGUUCUCAACACUGUAGUGGAGAAAGAGGCACGGUAUUUAAUUCCAAGGCUGCGAGAUUUGGCAUUUUCUGUUGACAUUGAGUAUUCAUUUGUUGGAGCUGGAGCAUUGUCGAACGGACUGUGGCAUCGAGCAUCUGCUGCUGGAGCAUCAACUCCUUUGGAGAAGCGAGCCUUUGGAAUAGCUGAUGACAUUUAUGGAGCUGGGCUGCUUGUUGCAUACAUGGCAUUUAUUCCAUUUUGCGAAGCAGGCAUUACAGAUGGUAUUUCGUUGCAGAGACUUUUGGAGAACACCUUCCGGCUCGACAUUUAUGCUGCAAGAGAGUAUUUUCUGGCAGAUGAUCGGUUGUCAGAAGCAGUAAAUUUUCUAGAUUUAGGGGAUGGUGCUGGCUGGGAGUUGCUGCAGGCAAUGCUUAAUCCCGAUUACCGCAAGCGACCGAUCGCCGAGGCUGUACUGAACCAUAGGUUUAUGACUGGGUCCGUCUUAUGGAACUAGUAAUGAGCAACUUGUUUUUAAACUAAAUAUACAAGAAAUUGGUUGAGCUAAGAGCUGAUAAAUGUCUUGAA